GGUCUCCUUUGUAAGCCUCUCCUCCCUCGCACACGCUUUUCUCUUACUACUAGGCAUCUCCCUAAUCCGUCUUUUCUCAGCAUUCUCUGCUACAUCGCUCUUUCUUCCUCAUUCAUAGAUAGCAUCGAAGAAUUUUGCCCACUCUGGUAGUAAUGAACCUCUCAACUAGCCGAGGACCCUAAUGCCAAACGAGGCUUUGGUAUUUAAGUGAAUCACUGUUUGGCCCUUGGGUUAAAAAAAAUAAUAAUAAGGAAUGACGUUUGGGUGGGUCCAAGCUCAAGAGUCCUGAAACUAUUUCCUAAUCCAAUAAGUCCUUCUCCGAAGGAGUUAGUGCAUGGAAAGGUGUGGUGUCUUGACGUCUAAGUCAAUUGUUGCUGUACUAGCAUAACUUAACUUGUUUUCCCUCCAUUUGCCACUAAGCUUUCUCAUCCCAUCUCUCUCCAUCACGCAGUUGGGCUGUGAGAGCUCAGAAUUAAAGCUGAUAACUCCCAGGUGUAAUUACAAACCCUUCUUUUUUUCUUUUACUAAACCAGAAUUUCAACGUGAAAAAAUAUUUUUACAGAAAAGUUACCUACUUCAAUUAUUUUAAGAGUACACAUGGAAAGAAAAGAAGCAAGAGUGGAAUGCACUUGAAGUGCAUUCUUGUGAAAACCUAAAUAAAUACAAGUUAAUUCUCUUUCCACAAAAGAAUGGCGUGUUCUAGAAUUCUUACUGGCUCUUCGAUUGAGUCCAUUUUGUGUCCAAUUAGCUCAGUAUUAUGUUAGAUAAUAUGUUACUUUAAUAACGUUAUUAUGUUAAAAACAUGAUGGACCAGGCACAUAGAAAGUUAAUCUGUAAUUUCUGAGGAGUUGCAAGUCAAGUAACCUGACACCUGUAUGUCUUAUGCUUUUUAAGUUUCUUCCAUUUUCUUUUUAUUGCAUGGCUAGAUGUGAUGGUUUACAGUUAGGAUAUCCCUUUGACAACUGGGCUACACCUUUGUGAAGUAAUUUUAGAAUUUUAGUCUCUAAAUGCUGGCACAAAAUAAGUCAGGCAUUGUAUGUUACACCAGAAAGAUUGGAUGGUGAGAAAAGGAAAGACUCCUGUGAGAAGAGGCAGAAUGAGCAGAGGGAUCUAUGCUUGAAGUUGAGUCAAUUGCAAAAAAGAUCUCUUUGAAUGUGGAAGAGAUCUGAGCAGAUGAAAAUACAGUCAGGAAAAUGCAACAUGGCAGCAGCAAUGGAAACAGAGCAGCUGGGCGUUGAGAUCUUUGAAACUGCAGAACGUGAGGAGCAUAUUGAAUCACAGGAUCGGCCUAAAUUGGAGCCAUUUUAUGUCGAGCGGUAUUCCUGGAGUCAGCUGAAAAAGCUGCUUGCUGAUACCAGAAAAUAUCAUGGCUACAUGAUGGCAAAGGCACCACAUGAUUUUAUGUUUGUGAAGAGGAAUGACCCAGAUGGGCCUCAUUCAGACAGGAUCUAUUACCUUGCUAUGUCUGGUGAGAACAGAGAAAAUACACUGUUUUAUUCUGAAAUUCCCAAAACCAUCAACAGAGCAGCAGUCUUAAUGCUAUCUUGGAAGCCUCUUUUGGAUCUUUUUCAGGCAACACUGGACUAUGGAAUGUAUUCCCGAGAAGAGGAACUAUUAAGAGAAAGAAAACGCAUUGGAACAGUUGGAAUUGCUUCUUAUGAUUAUCACCAAGGAAGUGGAACAUUUCUAUUCCAAGCCGGUAGUGGAAUUUAUCACAUAAAAGAUGGAGGGCCACAAGGAUUUACUCAACAACCUUUACGGCCCAAUUUAGUGGAAACCAGUUGUCCCAACAUUCGGAUGGAUCCAAAAUUAUGCCCUGCUGAUCCAGACUGGAUUGCUUUCAUACAUAGCAAUGAUAUUUGGAUAUCCAACAUUGUAACCCGAGAAGAAAGGAGGCUCACCUAUGUACACAAUGAGCUAGCCAAUAUGGAAGAGGAUCCCAGAUCAGCUGGAGUUGCUACCUUUGUUCUUCAAGAAGAAUUUGACAGAUAUUCUGGUUAUUGGUGGUGUCCAGAAGCUGAAACAACUCCCAGUGGCAACAAAAUUCUUAGAAUUCUCUAUGAAGAAAAUGAUGAAUCUGAGGUGGAAAUAAUUCAUGUUACGUCGCCUAUGUUGGAAACAAGGAGGGCAGAUUCAUUCCGUUAUCCUAAAACUGGUACAGCAAACCCUAAAGUCACUUUUAAGAUGUCGGAAAUCAUGAUUGAUGCAGAAGGAAGGAUUAUAGAUGUCAUUGAUAAGGAACUAAUACAGCCUUUUGAGAUUUUGUUUGAAGGUGUUGAAUAUAUUGCCAGAGCUGGAUGGACUCCAGAGGGAAAAUAUGCUUGGUCCAUCCUACUAGAUCGCUCCCAAACUCGCCUGCAGAUAGUGUUGAUCUCCCCUGAACUAUUUAUCCCAGUAGAAGAUGAUGCGAUGGAAAGACAGAGACUCAUUGAAUCAGUGCCUGACUCUGUUACCCCACUGAUUAUCUAUGAAGAAACAACAGAUAUCUGGAUAAAUAUCCAUGACAUCUUUCAUGUUUUUCCCCAAAGUCAUGAAGAUGAAAUUGAGUUUAUUUUUGCCUCUGAAUGCAAAACAGGUUUCCGUCAUUUAUAUAAAAUUACAUCCAUUUUAAAGGAGAGCAAAUAUAAACGAUCAAGUGGUGGGUUGCCUGCCCCAAGUGAUUUCAAGUGCCCUAUCAAAGAAGAAAUAGCAAUUACCAGUGGUGAAUGGGAAGUACUUGGCCGGCAUGGAUCCAAUAUCCAGGUUGAUGAAGUCAGAAAACUGGUUUAUUUUGAAGGCACCAAAGACUCCCCUUUAGAACAUCACCUGUAUGUGGUUAGUUAUGUAAGUCCUGGAGAGGUGACAAGGCUGACAGACCGUGGCUAUUCCCACUCUUGCUGCAUCAGCCAGUACUGUGACUUCUUUAUAAGCAAGUAUAGUAACCAGAAGAAUCCACACUGUGUGUCCCUUUACAAGCUCACAAGUCCUGAAGAUGACCCAACUUGCAAGACAAAGGAAUUCUGGGCCACCAUUUUGGAUUCAGCAGGUCCUCUUCCUGACUAUACCCCUCCAGAAAUUUUCUCUUUUGAAAGUACUACUGGAUUCACAUUGUAUGGGAUGCUAUACAAACCUCAUGAUCUACAACCUGGAAAGAAAUACCCCACUGUGCUGUUCAUAUAUGGUGGUCCUCAGGUGCAGUUGGUGAAUAAUCGGUUUAAAGGAGUCAAGUAUUUCCGCUUGAAUACUCUAGCCUCUCUAGGCUAUGUGGUUGUAGUGAUAGACAACAGGGGAUCCUGUCACCGAGGGCUUAAAUUUGAAGGCGCCUUUAAAUAUAAAAUGGGUCAAAUAGAAAUUGAUGAUCAGGUGGAAGGACUCCAAUAUCUAGCCUCCCAAUAUGAUUUCAUUGACUUAGAUCGUGUGGGCAUUCAUGGCUGGUCCUAUGGAGGAUACCUUUCCCUCAUGGCAUUAAUGCAGAGAUCAGAUAUCUUCAGGGUUGCUAUUGCUGGGGCCCCAGUCACUCUGUGGAUCUUCUAUGAUACAGGCUACACUGAACGUUAUAUGGGUCACCCUGACCAGAACGAACAGGGCUAUUACUUAGGAUCUGUGGCCAUGCAAGCAGAAAAGUUCCCCUCUGAACCAAAUCGUUUACUGCUCUUACAUGGCUUCUUGGAUGAAAAUGUCCAUUUUGCACACACCAGUAUAUUACUAAGUUUUUUAGUGAGAGCUGGAAAGCCAUAUGAUUUACAGAUUUAUCCUCAGGAGAGACACAGCAUACGAGUUCCUGAAUCUGGAGAACAUUAUGAACUGCAUCUUUUGCACUACCUUCAAGAAAACCUUGGAUCACGCAUCGCUGCUCUGAAAGUGAUAUAAUUUUGACCUGUGUAGAACUCUGGUAUACACUGGCUUUUUAACCAAAUGAGGAGGUAUAAUCAAUAGAGAACAUGAAAUUGAUCAUCACAUUUUGGUACCUGCCACAUAACAUCUACUUCUGAAAGUUUAUUUGGUGCCAGGCAGGCAUCUGCAGCUUGUGGAUAGUAAUCUGUUAUCUUAAACAUACAUACACAAAGGUGAAUGACAUAUAUUAAGGGAUCCAGCAAUACCAUGAGAACUACU